GGCGCUGGGAGGAGACGAGAAGGAGGCAAGGGCCGGGCGGGGCCGUGUCGUGUCAGGUCGGCGGGGCGAGGGCGCCUGGAGAGGAGCAGAGGCCGCGAAAGAGGCCCUCGGGCGCCGGAAACCGCCCACCGCGGGGCGAGGGGGCCUGGUGCGCGCGUGAGGAUACGUUUACACGCGUGUGCGCAUUAUCUCAUUCUGAUUUUUGCCCUCAUUCAUGACCAACAGGCGCACCUCGGAUCGACUUCAUUGGCUACAGUGCCACCCCUGUGACAUAUUUCCCUCUGUAUGCGUAAGACCAGUAAACGGUCCUGUAGUGCUGAAGAGAAUUGAACAUUUUCUCACAGGAUUCUGUGACCCGCAGCAGAAUUCAUUUGGAGAAUUAUUAUUAUUAUUAUUGUUAUUGCUGCCAUUAUUAUUAUUAUUAUUAUUAUUAUUAUUAUUAUGGUUUGUAUACCGCCCUUCACCUGUAGAUCUCAGGGUAAUUCUCUUCAUUUGCCACACAUUGACCCAAAGGCUCAUGAUUGUAGAUGCUGGAGUCAAAAGGGUGUGCAGUGGGCUAAGGCUCCCUGGGAGUUGCAGAGAGUCUUGUGUCCCGUCCUGUCCCCCAAAUAAAGGGCUACCUGUAAUUCUCACCAUGACUAUUCAGAAGCCAGUCCUGUUGAAGAAGAUGAUAUUUAGUCCCUGGGUUAAUUUACUUCCGAUUGUGGCCUAAUUUAACUUAUUGUGGAGUACGUAUUUGUUUUUAAUUUUGAUUUGUUUUUGCUGCCACAAACAAACAUAGUGAUCUUUCUGGAAUUUAAAACAGUGAUAACAGCCACAGAUAUAGGUUGUAAAUGCAACUCCUUUCCCACAGAGGUGCGUCUGCCAUCUUCAUUAUGCAUCUCCCAGUGAAAGCUGAACAUGCACUUUUACCCCUUUUACACUUGAGAUUUAUAUUUUGAAGACUAAUCUUAUUUCUGUGGUUGUAAGUUGUUUUAAACUGUUUUUAUAUUGUGUUUUAAUGUUAUAACCCUCUCUAGGACUGUGGGUGAAGGGGAGGUGAUUAAUAAUACCGGUAAUAAUAAUAAUAAUAAUAAUAUUUGCUUAUUUAAGAACUGUAGAUCAUAUAGAUAGUUUUGUGUUGCAGUUUUACACCUAAAUAACUCUUUGAAAGGUCAGCAGCAGAUAGCUUCUCCAGGAUGUGAAAACUGAUUGAUCCCUGCUACUAGGCUUUGUAUAUUAUGUGGUAUUUAAUUCCAUCUCUACAGUAUACAAUAUAGAAGCCAAUAGUAAUGGCAAAAGAGUUGCAAAGGAAGAGCUAAGUUCAGUCAUCAAAUCCAAUUUCCCAUUGCAGCAGAGAAAUCUUUUAUGUUUAAAUACUUAGAACUUAUUUUCAAGUAAGUGCAUAAAAUUGCAGCCUAUGGUACUUUGGUUGUUAUAUAAGUUAAAUCUGUUUAGCUACAACUUAAAUCUGAUAUUUUGUGAGCCCUCUGUUAGGCAAGGCUGGUUGCUUCUUAAUGAAGGGUUUUGAAGAAUACUCGGCUUGCACAGGUUUGAAUACAAUCCAGGGCUACGAGGCAUUUUUCCAUUAGAAUUUUGUAAUAGAAAAUGUGGGUUAGGCAUGGACAGACCUGGUUAGAUUGGGAAGGUGCUAAGAAUUUAACAUGAUCACACGAGGCUAAUUUAAGUAACAUAGUUGUGGAAUUUAAGCCCACACUCUCACAGGGGCCUGGCUUCUACCUGCUAUCAUGCUAUUUGCAGAUGCUUGGUCUGUAGUACAGAGUUGUUUGUGGAGGAAAGUAUAUGCUUAGUACAACAGUAAUUAAAAUGCCGAGUAAAACGGUUUUAAAUAUAUAGACUGUAAGUCACUGCAGUUGUGGGAAGAAAUUGGUGAUACUCCCAUGUAGUUCAAAAUUCAGGAGUUAGUUUGCUAACUGCAGUUUCUGAACAGUCUUCAAAGUGCAGGCAUGUAAGAAAAAACUAGUUGAAUAGAGGCAACAGAUAAACCUAAUAGAAAACCAGCAGCUAAUUCAGCAAUAGAAUAUGCAGAGUGAUAUUCACUAGUAUUAUUCCACCUAUGCAAACUGAUCUUGACCUUCAUUCAGAGCAGAUUGGAAAGAUGAAGGAAGGAAAGGGAAACCUUAGUACAGGGGUCAGCAAACUUUUUCAGCAGACCUUGUGGGGGGGCGGACUAUAUUUUUUGGGGGGGGAAAUGAACAAAUAACCCAGAGACGCAUUUUAAAUAAAAGGACACAUUCUACUCAUGUAAAAACAUGCUGAUUCCCGGACCUUCCGGGGGCCAGAUUUAGAAGGCGAUUGGGCCGCAUCCAGCCCCCGGGCCUUAGUUUGGGGACCCCUGCCUUAGUACAUUGGCUGGUAUAAUGGGAUCUCUCCCACAAUGCAUAUUUGAUGUUAUUUUAUAGAAAAAUAUUUACUAUUUGAAAAUAUGUGCUCACUGUACGAAAGUAUCUCAGAUUAGUUGUAGUCUCUUACAGCUUUGUUGUACAGGGCCCCAUAAGGAAGGAAGAUGGGGAAAUUUGUCUUUAAUGUGGAAAGAUUGUGAUAUUGCUAUUCCAAAUUCCAAAGGUGAAAGAAUAGAGUAUGGUUUGAUUGUGAGAAUAUGAGGCUGACCAUAUAUUUCCAAAGACUGGGGAGGUGAUUUUGAAGAUGGUUAUUGCUGGCAGCUACAGGCCUUUUAUGUUGCUGACAUACAAGUGUAGAUCCUUGUUUUGGAAGGGAGACAGGACAUAAAUUUUGAAAUAUUCUUGACGUGCAAAGUUUCUUACCAGUGUAAUGUUGGAACUUUUAUAUUUCUUUGUGUUCAAAAAAAUCAAACAAUAAACAUUUGGGAAAGGAUGUAAGAGAAAUUUUAGCUUAAUUUGACAGUAGGGAAUCUUUUCCUCUUGGUACAUUUUAAUAGCUUACAUGUUUGGGAGGGGUUAACACUAAAGUUUGUUUUAAAUUUACCUAUUCUGCUUUCCUGGUUUUGAUCUUGCCUGCUUCUGGUGUGGCAAUUAACUUGAAUAAAAUUAUAAUUGUUUUGCUGUAGCGAAUGAGGGAAAAUGCUGCAGCUUGGAGAAUAAGAACCAUGGUUGUGCUGAAAAACCUCUGGACCUGCAAUGUUUGGGUCCUCCCAAUCUGCUGAAUUCUCAUGCUUUCAUAAAAAUUUUGCUCCAUAGGACGCACCUGACCAUAGGACGCACCUAGUUUUUAGAGGAGGAAAACAAGAAAAAAACUGUUUUGCUUUCUUGAAUUGUCCUAGGCAUAGCAGCCAUCUCCUAGAGGCCUAGGUGCCUUUGCCCCCCAUUAAAUAUUUGAGGAAGCUUCUUUUGCAAAGGGGGAAAGCUCCAUUUUUUAAAGGAUCAGCUCAAAGUUGUGCAGCUUUUUUUGCAAAUGGUAAAAGCCCCGGUUUUUGUCAGCUCAGAGUUGCACAUCUUUUUUGCGAAGGGGGAAAGCUCCGUUUUUUUAGGAUCAGUUCAAAGUUGCUGAGUUUCCUUGUAAAGGGAAAACAAUCCUGUUUUUAUGGGGUUCAACUCACAGUUCUGUAACUUCUCUAGGAAAGGGACCCAUUUCUACAGUUUCCAGACAGAUAAUCUAAUCAGCCAGUCACAUGUCUCCCUCUGCAGACAACAAUUGAGGCCUAGGCAAGGGGCCUGGAAGGGAGCUAGCUCUGUUAUCUCCCUUUCUUAGGAAGAAAUAACAUGCUAAUGACCCUGCCUUUUGUCCCGGAAUGUUUAGACACCUAAUCUAUUAGGCAAGAGGAUGUUAGCCAGGACCUCAAAGAGAAAGUAUCUUAUCUGGGUAUCAAAGGAAGCCAUUAACAGCCAAUUGUCAAAGCCAAUUGUGAAACUCAGGCAGUAUCUGGCUUUACCAGACCUCAGACCUGAGAUGCAGGUGUGGCUUGCUCACUUCUAAGUACGUAAUGGAGAAUGAAAGCAAAAAUGUGCAGCCUAUAGAAUUCAUAUCAGAAAUCAUUCUCCAAAGAUGAUCCAGCCAGAAGUACAGUGGUACCUCGUGUUAUGAACACAAUUGGUUCCGGAAGUCUGUUCAUAAACUGAAGCGUUCAUAAACUGAAGCGAACUCUCCCAUUGAAAGUAAUGGAAAGUGAAUUAAUCCGUUCCAGAUGGGUCCGCGGUGUUCGUAAACCGAAAAUUCGUAAACCGAGGUGUUCAUAAACCGAGGUUCCACUGUAGUCCACUCAACCGAAUUUAUGAGUCCAGAAAUGUCCUACUCAACUGACACAGCUGACCAUUUAGCUUUAUGAUUUCUCUGCUGCUCCAGAGAAGCGGACAUGGAGCAAUGGAUUCAAACUACAAGAAAGAAGAUUCCACCUAAACAUUAGGAAGAACUUCCUGACAGUAAGAGCUGUUCGGCAGUGGAAUUUGCUACCAAGGAGUGUGGUGGAGUCUCCUUCUUUGGAGGUCUUUAAGCAAAGGCUUGACAGCAUAUGUCAAGAAUGCUUUGAUUGUGUUUCCUGCUCGGCAGGGGGUUGGACUGGAUGGCCUUUGUGGUCUCUUCCAACUCUAUAAUUCUAUGAUUCUCAUGUCAAUUUUAGUUCUUCCUAAUGUUUAGGUGGAAUCUUCUUUCUUGUAGUUUGAAUCUAUUGCUCCGUGUCUGCUUCUCUGGAGCAGCAGAAAACAACAUUUCUCCCUCUUCUAUGUGACAUCCUUUUAUAUAUUUGAACAUGGCUAUCAUAUCAACCCUUAACCUUCUCUUCUCCAGGCUAAACAUACCCAGCUCCCUAAGCUGUUCCUCAUAAGGCAUCGUUUCCAGGCCUUUGACCAUUUAGGUUGCCCUCCUCUGGACACGUUCCAGCUUGUCAGUAUCCUUCUUGAACUGUGGUGCCCAAAACUGGACACAGUACUCCAGGGAUAAUUGACACCCCACUUUUCAUGAUAUGCUGGAAUGAUAGUCACCCACUGAAGAGCCUGGCAUUGGGAGAUUGCUGAAGCACUUGCACUUCACGAGUAGCAAUGGAGUAUGAGAGGAGAGGUGGUCGUGGAGAUCGGACUGGUCGGUAUGGUGCUGUUGAGCAGACCCUGGAUGAGAGGUUAGAAGGCCGGAACCAGAGAGACCAUGACUACAGAGAUAUGGAUUAUAGAUCCUAUAUGAGAGAUUUCAACAGCCAGGAGCCUACCAAUGACUAUGAUGAUUCUUCUGAGGAACACAGCGUGGAGGAUUCCUAUGAGGCCUCCUCUGGAUCAGAGACACAACGUAGAAAGCGGGACAGCCCCAGUGAGCAGCUGGGAUUUCCUGCAGAUGGUGACUACCGGGACCAGGACUACCGCACCGAGCAAGAGGAAGAAGAACAGAAGGCUAGCAGCAUCAUUAUGCUGAGGAUGCUGCCACAGUCUGCCACUGAGAAUGAUAUACGAGCCCAGUUGCAGGCACAUGGAUUCCAGCCCCGAGAGGUGCGGUUGAUGCGGAAUAAAGCUUCAGGUCAGAGCCGGGGCUUCGCCUUCGUCGAGUUUAAUCACUUGCAGGACGCUACACGAUGGAUGGAAGCCAAUCAGCACUCCCUCGCAAUCCUUGGCCAGAAGGUCUCCAUGCACUACAGUGAUCCCAAGCCCAAGAUCAACGAGGACUGGCUAUGCAGUAAGUGUGGAGUGCAGAAUUUCAAGCGCAGAGAAAAGUGCUUCAAGUGUGGCGUUCCCAGAUCUGAAGCUGAACAGAAGCUGCCACCUGGUAGUCGCUUGGACCAGCUGGUGGCUCUGUCAGGACGAGAACUCAGCCAAGGCCUUCUGCCCCUCCCACAGCCAUACCAAGUGUCAGCAGCCCUGUCCACUCAGCCUGUGGCACAAAUGUCUGAACCUUGUGCGGAGAAUGCUAAUGACACCAUCAUCUUGAGAAACCUAAAUCCUCAUAGCACAAUGGACUCCAUUUUAAGUGCCUUGGCACCAUAUGCUGUUCUCUCCUCCUCGAACGUCCGUGUUAUCAAAGAUAAGCAGACACAACUCAACCGUGGUUUUGCAUUCAUUCAGCUCUCCACCAUUGUGGAGGCAGCUCAGUUGCUGCAGAUCCUUCAGGCCCUGCAUCCACCACUGAACAUUGAUGGCAAGACGAUUAAUGUGGAAUUUGCCAAAGGUUCCAAGCGGGACAUGAGUUCAUCAGAUGGAAACCGCAUCAGUGCUGCUUCUGUAGCCAGCACUGCCAUUGCAGCUGCUCAGUGGGCCAUUUCGCAGGCAUCACAGGGUGGUGAGGCAACCUGGGCAGCUCAAGAUGAGCAGACGGUUGAUUAUGGCUAUUACCAGCAGGAUGAAGCCUAUGGGUCUCAGGCUUUGGAAGCCACAAUGUACACACAAGCAUAUUUGAAAGGGUCCCAGCUGCAGAGCAGCACACCUGGGACAUCAGCUGUGGGGAAGGCUGACAAGAUCCACAGCGAAGGUUCAGUGGCAGUAGCGGAGGCAUCACUGGAGCCUGGUGUGCCAGGCAUAGACCCUGUGCCUGUCCUACCCACUUUCCCCCGUACCAGCCAGACCUCAGCUGUGCCAGUCACAUACCAGCCAACUGGCAGCACUGAAGGGUCAAGUUCUGCCCAGGGAAAUGCUGCUGCUGCUGCUGCUGCUCCGUCUCAAUCAUAUACUAUCGUCUCACCAGCUGUACUGAAGCCUGACAUGCCUAGUACUGCUCAGCCCCCCAACGCAACUCCAGGCAUCUCCACCAGCACUUCCAGUUUGCCUGUUACCAGCUCUGUAGGGCAAGAGCCUUACACUCAGUACCCUGUCCCAGAUGUAUCCACCUAUCAAUAUGAUGAAAGUUCUGGCUACUAUUAUGACCCCCUGACUGGCCUCUACUAUGACCCUAAUUCCCAGUACUACUACAAUGCCCAGACGCAGCAGUACCUGUAUUGGGAAGGUGAGAGACGCACUUACGUCCCAGCCUCAGACCAAGCCUCUGACAGCCACAAGGAUGGCAGUGGACCAGGGGGUGGCAGUGGCAAGGAGGGUAAAGAGAAGAAGGAGAAACAUAAAACAAAAACAGCUCAGCAGAUUGCAAAGGAUAUGGAGCGCUGGGCCCGUAGCCUCAACAAGCAGAAGGAGAACUUCAAGAACAGCUUCCAGCCUGUUUCCUCUAUACGGGAGGAUGAGAGACGGGAAUCGGCAACAGCUGAUGCUGGCUAUGCUAUCCUCGAGAAAAAGGGGGCUUUGGCUGAGAGGCAGCACAGUGGCAUGGACCUGUCCAAACUGGCUGGUGAUGAUAGACUGAGUCCCCCACGAGGAUUAGUGGCUGCUUACAGCGGGGAGAGUGACAGUGAGGAGGAGCAGGAGAAGACUGCUGACCGGGAAGAGAAACUGACAGAUUGGCACAAGCUGGCUUGCUUGCUUUGUCGGAGGCAGUUUCCCAGCAAGGAGGCGCUUAUUCGUCACCAGCAGCUCUCAGGAUUACACAAGCAAAAUCUGGAGAUUCAUCGGAGGGCACACUUGUCAGAACAGGAGCUUGAGGCACUUGAGAAAAAUGACAUUGAGCAGAUGAAAUACCGAGAUCGUGCAGCUGAACGAAGGGAAAAGUAUGGUGUUCCUGAGCCACCAGAACCCAAGAAAAGGAAGUAUUCAGCUGUCACACCAGCCACUGUGGAUUUUGAACAACCAACACGGGAUGGACUUGGCAGUGACAACAUUGGCAGUCGCAUGCUACAAGCCAUGGGCUGGAAAGAGGGCAGUGGUUUGGGUCGCAAGAAACAGGGGAUCGUUGCCCCUAUUGAGGCCCAAACACGAGUGCGUGGCUCUGGCUUAGGGGCCCGUGGCAGCUCUUACGGGGCGGUAGCAUCAGAGUCCUAUCGUGAAGCAUUGCACAAGACGAUGCUGACUCGUUUCAAUGAGUCAGAAUGAGCUCUUCAAGGAGCACCCACCUGUACAGUAUUUUGCUGCUGACUGUCUCCCUUCACCCGUCCCUCACUUUCACAAAAUGUUCCUUUUGGUUGACUUUUUUUUUUAAUUAAAUGUUGAAAUGGAC